CCAGGAGGGACAGACUAGGAGCAAAGACCAGAUAGAUGGCACAGGGAUGAGUCUGGGCAACAGGAAGGGAGUGCGGGUGACUGGAAAAUAUGUGCCACCGGUGGAUUGGAGCAGCAGAGCGGCAGGAAGAGGAGGAGGUCCCUCCAUCGUCCACCCUCCCACCAGCAUCCCUUUACCUCCAGACACCCCCACUGUGAUCUCCAUUGGCCCUGUGCCUCACAGACCCCCAGAGAGACCCGAAGAUCCCAGGGUGGAUGAACCUGCCGUUGGGGACGACUGGACCAGAGAUGCGUCUUCUCAAACCAGGGUGUCCUACGGUGAGAUGGGUGUCCCCCGGCAGACCAUGGAGGAGCUGAAGACCAUCCUCAGGGACAGUCCUCUGCUCAGCAUCCGGGGAAGAGUGGAUGGGAAGCCAGGGAGUCCUUACACAUACCUCCACGGAAGCAGCAACAACCGCGGUGGUAGAGGUGGAAGCGGAAGACCCGAAGGACGGCAGGACGAUGGAAACCCCAACAGGGUGUUCAGCACCUUCAAACCCCACUCUGAUGCUUCCAGAAGGGGGCCCAGCUCCAGAGAGAGCACAUCCAUUCAGCUGCCUUCCACCAUGGAUUCAUCCAGCUCAUUCAGGUCUGAUGCCAACACAAAUAGUCAGCCUACAGUCAGUCCACACACAAAUGCAAGCAGCAGCUCCUGGGGAGAGACUGGAGAUUCUCAUACAGAUAACGAGACUGUGGAGAUCUUUGGGAAUCAGAGGUUCAUUUCAGCCAUGGAGCAGAUCAAGCAGCAGAUUGCCAGAGAAAACAUCAACUUUGUUCGCUUCGAGGCCACCGACCUCCACGGGGUGUCCAGGUCCAAGACAGUGCCUGUCCGCUUCUUCCAUGAGAAAGCAGCAUAUGGGGUACCAAUGCCGAGAAGCUACUUGGAGCUGACCCUGAGCCCCAAGAGCAAUGAAGUGGACAAUGCCAGCACUGCCAACUUCAGCAGUGAUGUCCUUUUGAUCCCGGAUCUUUCAACCUUCAGGAUGUUGCCCUGGGCCGAGCAGACAGCCCGGGUCAUCUGCGACCCCUGCACCGUCACAGGAAGCCCCCUUCGCACAUCACCUCGUCUCAUCGCCAAGCAGCUCCUUGGCCAGCUCCAAAGCAUGGGAUUCUCCCUGCACUCAUCCUUCACCUACGAAUGUUGCGUCCUCGGAGCACCAGACCGGAUCGGACCAAAGACGUUGAUGUUCCCAGCUACCACAUUGCUCAGCAACCAUGACCUGCCUUUCUUUCAGCAGCUGGUGGAUAGCAUGUACUGCAUGGGCGCAGACAUAGACAGCAUCUCGUCUGCAAGUGGCCCCGGCCAGAUGGAAAUCAACCUGAGGCCAGAGUUUGGGAUUGCGGCCGCAGAUAGUGCCUUCACCUUCCGCACUGGCAUCAAAGAGAUGGCUCGUAAACACAGCUACAUUGCUAGUUUCUUCACCGAUGAUGGACUGUACAAUGCUGGGGUACUCUCUCACAGUCUGUGGGAUGCUAAUGGUCGACGUAGCCUCUUCCACAGCGGGGAGAAGGCAAAUGAUCUGUCUGAGAUCGGCAGGAAAUGGCUGGCCGGGCUCCUCACCCACUCUGCCGCCCUGAGCUGUCUGAUGUCGCCUGGCUUAGGCUGCCGGAGCCACAUCGCCAAGACGAUCAAAGACCCCAAACGAAUUCUGUGUGCCACCUGUGGCUGCAAUGAUAACAGCAGCUCCUUCAAUAUCAAGUGUCAUGGCAGGAGGGAGAUGCACAUUGACAACAAGCUGGGCUCAGCCAUGGCCAACCCUUACAUUGUGCUGGCUGCUACUGUGGCCGCAGGACUGGACGGCAUCAGACGAAACCUGAAUGUCGACAGCAGUCUGAGCAAAGCCCCCAGUCAGCAGAAAGAGUUCGCCAUUCCAGUGAAGCUCGAUGAUGCUCUGGAGGCGUUGGCGGAUGAUCACGUCAUCCGCAGUGCCCUCGGAGAGCCGUUUGUUCAGUAUUUCAUUGCCAUGAAAAAGUUUGAGAUUGAGACCCAAGAACUGGAUGAUGAGAGGAACAAGUGCCUGGAGUAUUUCAUCUAGACAUCCUCCUCGUCGUAGAAUAAGACACACGCUUCUUCCUGCCGCGCAAAUAAAAGCAUGAAAAACAACAGCUUGAUUAAAAAAGCUUUUUAUUUUACAUAUAAUUUUGACAGCUCAUUAUUAUACAGAGUGUAGAUAUUUGUCUGAAUUUUUUUCAAAAUAAAGGUACAAGUGCACCCUCAAUGUACAAAGCAGUGUUGUGCAAUGUUGUUGUUGUGUGUUUAUGUUUUUAUUCAUUUUAAGGACAAUACUGAUACAGCUGUUCCUGC